AUGGAAAUCGAGCCACAAAUUGGCUUCUGGAAGACGUUCGAUGAACCAAGCCAAGAUGAGUACAUAUCAUGGCAAGAGGAUUUCACACAGGCAUCUGACGGAUUGAACGCCACAGAGUAUGAUCCGGUGGAACUCCCCGAUUCAUUCUCUAGUACACCCACCGCCCAAGAAGUGAACUUAGAGCCAAAACUGUUGGAAAAUAACCCUUUGAAGGCACCCUCCUGUGUGGUGUCAAGUAUCCCUAUUCAAAGACGCCUUGAAAUCCCACCAUCCAAAGACGAGACAGUCAAGAAACCUGGGGUGGCUCCGCGUUCACCUAAAAUAAAAUAUGCCAUCAAAAACAAUAGUCCACAGUCUAAGUUAGUGAUAAAACUGGUUCCCAAAAAACCAAGUUCCCACGCGGUCGAUGUUUCAAAAACAUUGUGUCUAAUUUGCGAACGAACGUUUUUUGAUCAGCGUUCCCUUAACACUCAUCUGACGCGUAUGCACGCCCCGACGCGAAACCUCCGCGACAAUCCUGCGAACAGACCUAUUGCCACCAAUCCCGCUACGUCUGGAUCGAAUUGCACCGAAACAGGCUCGCAGAGGGAACCAAGUGUUUGCACCGUCGCACCAGUUGCAAAGGAGUAUACCUCUCCCAUCACCUCCAUGUCUGUCCCCUCUUAUCGCUCCUCACCCGCCGCAAAAUUAGAAGUUGCGUCUGGUCGGCAAAACAGAGACAAGGAGAGAAGAGCAACAGCUCCAGCCUCUACAACUUUCCUAACUCAGAACUCACCUUCCAUUCACCCCAAUUUGAAGCGACCACUUUCAGAUGUUAUGGCGGACUGUCCGUGCUAUCCUGGAAGAACUGGAGGUGAUAUUUCUUCCGAAAGCUGUACGCAGCAAACCCUGAGGUCGUCUGUCUCCCUCCCUGCACCGAGGUGCACGGCCGAAGCCCAGAACUGCGCGUCCAGCCUGGCUCGACUCGUGUUCAGUAGCCCAAUUACCACUGCAACCCCAAGUAGUAAUCCGCGACCUUGUGAAGCCUGCAUGAAGUUGCAUAAAUACAAAAGCGAAAAUCAGAUAGAAACGACUGCAAAGAUGCUCCUGGGAAAGACCUAUGAACUCCUUAUGGAGAUAAAUAAACGACCCCUGGACGUGGUGAAGCCGCUGGUGAAUGCCCUUCAGCGCCUAAUUUUCACUGUGGAUACCAAGGUUUUUGUAGCAUACAUGAAUUUUGUGCUGCCAGAGACCUCCCGAACUGCUGUCGCGAAUCCCUUUCUCAAAAGAAUUCUUUCCCAACCAGCUUUACCCAAUAACAAACCGCAAGAUGCAUCCAGAUCUCCAAUAGAGCAACCGUCCAACAAUUUUCAUGCAGGCCUCCAGGAGGCAAGUGGGCCGGAUAAAAAUUGCGACGGGAUUCGAUGUCGGUGUUCAGCAAAGCGUUUCAAAGGGACAUUACCCGGUAUACGGGAUUAUAAUUCAAGUGAUUUCGGCAAUGGUGUAAUUCCCUCUGGUUCACACCUGAUGACAGCUAAUCCCCGCACUUGGGAACCAGCCAACGCUUUCCACAGCAGUCUCUAA